AUGAAUAUUUUAAAUUUUUUUGCUUCAAAACAAGGACGUUUUACAAAUUUUAGAAGCUCAAUACCAUUAAUUCCAUUUGCCCUUUCAUUUCUAAUUGCAUUUCUCACUAUAUUUUUCCGCAAAUUUUAUUAUAAUUCACAAAUUUGGUCUUUAUAUCCAGAAUUUGAUGGUGUUGAUGAAAAAUUGUCGAUUAUAAUAGUUACUCAUGCACCAAGAAAGAAAUUUAUUCGUACUCAACUUAAAAGAAUUGCAUUUGGCCAAGUUCCACACUUAAAAGAAAUAUUUAUUUAUUGGGCAGAUCGCAAAAAUCCAUUACCCGAUCUCAGCUUUUUUGGUUUUAAGCUUAAUGAUGGACAUAUUCCCGUAAAUAUUCUUCCAACAACAAAAGAAUUUGUUUCAGAACGUUUUAAACCGCCGCAAAAUCUCACUACACAAACAAUUUUAGCAAUGGAUGAUGAUUUACUCAUUUCUGGCUCAGAAUUAGAUCGUGCAUUCGUUGUUUAUAUAAAAAAUAAUUUUACAAACAGAAUAUUUGGUUUAAGAACGCGUUCUUGUCCCAGUGGACACUACAGAAUCUUCGAAUACAACAAACCUUAUACAAUGGCUUUAACAAACUUCGCAUUUUUAAAUGUGAAGAUGUUAGAAGCAUUUAAUAAACCAGAAUACUCAAAAAUGGUUGAUUAUAUUACAGAAAAUAGAAAUGGAGAAGAUAUUUUAAUGAAUUUUAUUAUUGCAAAAGAAUUUCAACUUCCACCAAUUGUGAUGAAACUAGAUGUUCUUCACCUUGGUAUUUUCGACGGAUUUAGCGCAAAAUCCGGUCAUUUGGAUAAGAGAAGCAAUUGCUGCAAGAAAUUCAGCGAAUUCUUCGGUGAAAACCUUGUGGAAAAGUAUGAAAUGAACUCUUUCCUCCCAAAAACAUGGUAA